AUGUCGAAUCCGACAUUGUCGACACGAGAAUAUCGAAAGUGCAGAAUGUCGAAUGGGGUGAAGCAGUCAGAAUUAUUUGACAGAUGGAAAAGUCUACAUGUGUGCAAGUGGGAAAUGAAUGUUACAGAAGCAAAUGUGUUCAAGUCUGCAUUGUCAAGAUGUUGUAAUGCACCUGUCUACUUGUUUACCACUCAGAAAAAUACACCUCAGGGUAGUAAACUGAAAUAUGAGGUGGACACCAGCGGCACCCUGACGGUCAAUUCAGAGGUAUUCAGUAUGUUUCCCAAAGAUAUGCCAUAUAGUCGGUCACAAUUCAGGAAAUGUGCUGUGGUCGGUAAUGGGGGCAUUUUGAAGAACAGCCAAUGUGGGAAGGAAAUUGAUAACGCAGAUUUCAUAUUUAGAUGCAACUUACCUCCUAUAUCUGAAAAAUAUGCAAAUGAUGUUGGGCUGAAAACAGACAUUGUGACAAUCAAUCCAAGCAUAAUAUAUGAAAGGUACAGCAAGCUGGAAAAGAGAAGAAGACCUUUCUAUGAAGCUGUUCAAGCAUAUGAAAAUGCAUCUUUGUUAUUACCUGCCUUUUACAACACCCGCAAUACAGAAGUCUCUUUCCGAGUCAAGUAUGUCUUGGAUGACUUUGAGUCCCAGCAGUCCGUCUUUUACUUUCAUCCGCAGUACCUGAUCAGUGUCUCAAGGUUUUGGUCUACACAGGGGGUACAUGCCAAGCGUCUGAGCAGUGGGUUAAUGCUGGUGACUGCUGCAAUGGAGCUCUGUAAUGAGGUGCAUCUUUAUGGAUUUUGGGCAUUUCCCAUGAACCCCUCAGGGAUCUUCACAACUCAUCACUAUUAUGACAAUGUUAGACCACGACCUGGUUUCCAUGCCAUGCCCACAGAGAUAUUCAACUUUUUACAUUUGCACAGUAAAGGAGUUCUUCAUGUUCAUACUGACACAUGUAGGUGAUGGUGCUAUUGUCUGUCCUAAUAAUGGACAGCAUUUUAACCUAAAAGCCGAUGUCACCUGUCUUGCCUUUUGUGGCAGAGACUCACUAAAAUCUGAAAAAAAGUUAUGCAAUAAUUGUUCUGUAGAAAUGCCUACGUUUAAUUUCCAACAUUGCUGGGUCAAUUGCAUUGUUCCUGUCAACUGCCCAGAUAAUGCCAACAUGCACAACUGCUUAUUGCCAGAUUCAAACUGUUAUGGAAUGAACAGGAGAAAGGAAGCACAUUUGCAGUACAAUUUGGGAACAUGUGCAGCAAAUUUCUCAUGUUGAAAUAGUAAUGGAUUUCUCUUUAGAAAUAAGUAAUACGGUUAGUUCUGAAGUGGUUAAGUAUUUCUGUUCAUUGUUUAUGUGCCUCUUGCUUCCAGACCUCUGUUAUUCUCUUCUUCUGAAACUUAUAUUUUCAUGGGCUUAGUAAUUGGUAUAGUUUGCCAACACUGCACUCAGAAAGGUGGGUUAACAAAUUAUGUGCUCUUCUGUAUGAUUGCCUUGCUUUCUGAAGCAGAAUUUAAGAUAUGUUUUUUCAGCUUUCUCCUCAGGAUGCCGGCAUGUUACAAAGGACAUGGGCAUUUAUGCUGAUGUGCAUGGAUACAUGGCAGCUGGCAGAAACGCCCUUUUUCCAGUGUGCUGUGAUUUUGUUUGGUUCCUAGCUUGUACCUUAUGUUGUACUGCAACCUGCCUUUCUCCAGGUGGCGGUCAAGCAGCAGGGCGCUGCAGUUUACUUGUUGCUAUCCACUGCCUGUCUCACUCCUUGACCUGACUUUCUGGGUUCUGAACAGCAGUGCUGAAGCCAUGCUGUCCUGCUGAGUAGUGCAAGAAUGAACAGCUGAAAAAACCUUUGAAGUCACAUGAUUUGUUAUUCUUAACUAGUCGGUUCUGUCUGUUGUUGAAUAGCUAGAUAUGUUAAUAGUAAUCUAUUUCAUUAGCAAAAUUUGGCAGAUAGGAAGUAGCCACCUAUUUGUAUAUACAGAGACAGCACUUGGUGACUAACACUUUAACCAUUGUUGCUUUUACCAAAAAUUCCUCAGUUAAUCCGCAAUGUGGUCUUGUUUAAUUAACCAAUCGCUAAGUUAAUUAAUUUAUUUAUUGUAAGCCAUAAGCCACUUUGUCUUCCAAAAGAUACCCAUCACAGUUUGCAUAUGAUACAGCUCAUCCUUCUGCAGAACAAAGGCUUUCUUGUCAUCUCUGCAAAAUACUUCCUUAAGUAAUUAUUUAUGUAACUUUGGUCACUGUCAUAAUGAGGCUUCAUGCAUUUCAUAGAGCAAGAGGUCUCAGGGCAGAGCACAUCAUAAUUCUUUAUAUGCCCACCAUUUUAAUCAUUAAUUCUUCUAUUCUUUCAUUAAUUCAGCUGUUGUUUUAAAUUGUUUCUUUAAGAUUAAAUCAUUUAGCAGUUGGUAUCACACACUGAUUCAUUAGAAGUAGACUGUGCAACAGCAUGGCUGCCUAGAAUACAUAUUCAGUGUAUGCUGAAAUUCUGUUCACUUCCUUCCAUCAGGCAGUACUUAAUAUUUUGGUAUGUAAUAAGUAAGGAUGAUAGAGGGGACACAACCUCCAGCAUGCAAGGUAUGGGGACUCUACUACUUCUCACAUGAAAUAUUUUUUUAUUGAGCUUUGUUUUGCAGUGAAUGCCUUUGCAAAACUGAAAUACCUCCCAUAGCAGCUAAGUGACAGUUCAAAUGCAUGAGUAAACACAUAAAAUUCCAUUUAAAUAAGCAGCUUUACUCUUAAUAGGUAUAAUUCAGUCCACUAGCAAAUUAUUACGGUCAAAUUACAGAGUUAGAAAUAAAAUAUUCAAAAAUUCUGUAAUAAUUUUGUGUAAAUAAUGGAGCUUUCAGUUUAAUAAAAAUGUGUCCUAUAAGCUAACAGGGCAAUAGCUUUCUGAAAAGAAGGUCCAGUGAAAUUAUAAGAUUUUAACUCCAGAUGCUGAAACAUACAUUUAAGAAGCCAAAUGUUUCCCCCAUUUUAUUGACUGCAGUGAAAAAUGUAAAGGGUAAAGAAUACUUUUCCGACAGCCUACUUUUUACUGUUACAACAAAACUUCUCCACUUGUUGAAUGACACCUCCUUACAGCUGAUAGUGUUCAGGUUAUAUCAUCAUGUAUGUAUAACAUGUGGGGAAUGGGCACAGGAUUUAGGUUCAUCAUCUGCUAUAGGAGACCAUUUCUCAUUGGAAGAAGGGACCAUUUGUGCUAUAGACAAUGUAAUAUUUUAUCUCACUUCCAGAAGAAUAACAACCCUGUCAAUGUUUGAACAAGAAGGAGUCUGCUGUGUGGCAUCCCUCCUCAUUGCCUCUUCCUGAAGUAUGAAGAAUCUCUGUUUGUUACAGAACACUGGAAAUACUUGCUUUUUUUCUGCUGUGGUUCUUUUCAAGCCUUUUCUCUAAUGUCUAAUAUAUAUCAUACAGUCAGCAGUUUGGCAGCCAUUUUAUCAACUGCACGACAAAUACCUCUUUUAUAAUAUGCAGCUACACUCCUGUCUUUUGUUUGGUGCUGCUUUCCUGAGGUGCUGUUGCUCAGAAAAGAUGUGAAAUGUUUGUCUUUUCAGCCUGCAGUGGCAUGAGUCCAGAUGACUAGUGAAGAUCUUGUGCCACUUAUUCAACAUAGAGUAGAAAAAAACAAAAGUGUCCUGGUCAGCUGUUGAAGUUACUAUAAUCACUAUUAUCCUGGUUUACCUCAAAAAAAAAAAAUAAAAAUACUGGCCCUACCCAGUUAGCAACAACACUUCUAACUCCAUAUGAAACCGUGAACAUAUUUAAUAUGUACAGAAUGACAUGAUAUACUCCACACUGAGUAUCUUUUUAGAUAGAAUCAUGUUUUAUUUUUCUGCUUGUGGUGCACUUACCUAUGUGCACCUCAGGAUUAUACUUGAUUACUGUUUCAUUACAUCACUCCCUGACUUGAAGUCAUCAGUUUCUCUCCUGAUUUGUGCAUACAUUACUUGUAUGGUUCCACUGCUCUGCUGUUCUAUUUUUUCAGUGUAUGAGCAAACUUGUUUUUUGCAUUAUAUUUUGACUGAUAAACAGCUUUUCAUUCUUUAAGAUUUAAUAAGUCCCUCCCUCUUAUAUUUGUUUUGACACACCUGAGUUGUUAUACAGUCUUGUGUUGCUAUGAAAGCUAUGUCAUGUGGACCCUACCUCAUGUCACUUAAUGUAACAUUGGUUAAUCUUCGUCUUAUGACUGAUCAUGGUGGUCCAUUGCAUUUUAUUGCCAUCCCCCAUGUUCUGAAGAGGAACCUACCUGCCUCACUGCUGACCAUCACACUCCUGUAUUCUACCGGUUAAUUUCAGCUACCUUUUGAGUGCCUCAUAUUAAAGUCCUUACUGGAGUCCAGCUAAAUACUGCUCUCUAUACUCCUCUGCUCAGUAUCUCAUGUCAUCAAAAAGUUAGUGAGGGCAAGCCCUGUUACUGAAUGCAUGCUUUUGUGGGUUCUUUGGUCAACUCACAACCAAAUGUUUCACCACUGCCUUCUUUAGUACUAUUCCAUGCCUCAUCCGGCAAAACUGUUGUUGCAGUCAUAAUGACUGACUUUCCAGUCUCUGGUGGCUGACCUACAGUUCACCAUUGACUGACCUACAGUUCACCCCUGACUGACCUACAAUUCACCCCUGACUGACCUUCCAUUCACCACUUUAUGCCUAUUGCAAGUAACGUUUAAAGGGAUUCCAUUUGCCAGUUCAGUCUUUGAACAUGGGAUUUGCAGGAGAAGACUGAGAAACCUUUAGUCACUUCAUUUAUUCACUCCUUUGGGAUUAUAGAGAGAACCCUACCUAUAUCUUUCUUUGCUUUAUCACCAGUUAUCCAUUGCAUUCUGUUAGAAAAAUUUCCCACAUAAAAUGACUGAUGUCUAUUCCUGCAUUGUUAGUGCCCCUUUUUUAUGUCAAGUACUUCAUUCACCAUCACUAAAGAAUUACAAUAAAUUGGAUUGCAUUAUGUCCAUUUAGAGCUAAGUUGUGAUUUAGAAUGAAUUUAAAGCAUCUUGGCAUUAGUCUGCUUAAGCUUUUCUGCUAAUGCUUACACCCAGGAAGCAAUUCAGAAGUAAUUAAUUAGACAUCCACUGCUACAAUCUAUUGCCUCUAGUAAACUGAUAUAGCAGUGAGAUCUGGCUGGGGGCCCUGCUAUCUGAACUGCUUGCUGUAUCUUGGGGUAACUUAUGUAAUAUGAAAUCAUGUAUUUACUGUAGCUGCACAGACCGCUUUUAGGAACAGAUGUGAGUUCCUUUGUGCACAAGUUGACAAAACUGCAGAUUUCACAAGAAAUCUUGGUGUUGAAUGUAAUGACAUCCCCCAUAGCUGCCUCAUCCUUAUUUAUUGACUGAUCUCUGUUCUGAAUAAUGAACUAGGAUGUAGAUCAUUGAAAUGUUGAACAUAAAUGAUUUACUCUGGGCUGCAAGCUGCUUUUGUUGAGAGCCAGUGAUUUUCUAAAGUAUUGCCCUGACAUUUGUUUCUGGCAUUCACUCUCAACUACCCUUCACAGUCAAGUAUAAGAUUUUAGAAUGUUAUCCAUUAUUUUCCAUGACUCAGUCAGUCAGCCCCACUAGUGUGUUUUACUCUGAAUUUAUUUAUGUGCCUUUAGAUAUGAUUCCUUUUUUGUCUAGCUAUUUCUUUGCUACUGACUUGGACAAAUUACUGUAAUCUGUUUACCUUCUUUUGAAUUUCAGAUUUAGUUAUGUGAUGGUAAAUAACUCUGCUGUUCCAUUUGUUCCUGUUGUAAAUACUGCUGAAUAUUCCUUGACCUGUUCAGUAUUCACAUCACUAUUCUUCCAACUACCUUCAUACUAUCAUUAAACCUUAUUUCCUAAAAUCUUUUUUUCUGGCUUGAUUUCAGUUCUGCAGUUUUAGAACACAGACUCUGAGUAGAUCUGACAUUUCUGAAGAGAUGAAUUGCUUUCUGGAAACUUAUUUUGUGUUUAUAGGUGUUAGCACUGAUUUCCAUACCUCUUUCCUCUAUUUAUUCUCAUUGCACGCCUUCAUUUAAGUUUAGUGACUCUCCUUACGCCAUGUUGAUUUGAAGUUCCUAAUUUACUACAUUCUCUAAUUUUCUAAUUUACUGGUCUCCCACUUUUCUUGUUCUAGGUUAUUUGCAGAAGCAGUUGGUUUCCUUCAUCAAGACUCCUAAGACGUAGUAUUUCUUCCUUUCUCAUUUGCCCUGUUUUUUCUAAAUUUUAGUAGUUAAACUUGUUGCUGUGUGUUCCCCGCUAGGUUAAACUUCUUUUGUCCUAUCUUGUGGUAUACUGAACUGGACUCAUACUUACGAUGCAUAUAAAUUUAGGUUAAAAUAACAUUUCACUAAAGCAUGAUGCUUUUUAUGUCAUAAUACUCACUCAGACUAAGUACUCUGGGACUAUGAAAUGGGUUCAGUCAUUUACUUAUGUUCAACUUUAUGUGAUUCCUUGAUCUGAUACCAUCUGUUUUGACUUUAUUCCAUGUUUUCAACUCUGAAGUUGUCUUAAAAAUAAGUUAUUUAAGCCAGUAUAUGGUAAUUGACUGACAGAAUAUUCAGAUGCCAUGGCACUGACCCAACCUACAAAACAGACGUCACUUGGAGGAAUUGGUUUCCAGGAGAGUCCCAUUAUACAUCUCUCCUUUUGAGUGUUGUAAUUCUACCCCUCCCUUAUUGGUGCCUUUUCAAUAGAAGCUAGGUAAUAGUUUCUCAGAAGCUACCUAAGGCUGUAUGUAUUUUUUUCAACCUCAGUUCAAGUUUAGACAUAUCUGUGCACAUUAUAUCAUCAUAGCCCACUGGGCAGAAAAUGGUGAUACAAUUUACAUACCCUUACUGACUGGGUAGUCACUGGUGUCUUUUAAGCCUACUCCGUUGAUUGCACAUUUACUCUUUAGACUAGAUUCUACUUAUGCCAGCCAAGUGAGUUACUUCCCGUAGAAGUUUUAUUUAUUUAUUUGUUUGUUUAACUGAGUAAAUCCACUGGAAGUGUGUCCCUCUUCAAGGAGUAGCUGGGAGCACUGUCUGGUUAAAGUGACUUGCUCACAGUUAUGCAGCAGGCAAACUGAGCCUGAAGGAGUCAAAUGCUGGAUUAGAGGAAGCAGCUUAUAAGCAAACAUGCAUUCUGGAGCUGGAGUAUGUUGACCCCGACAUGGCUGGAUUGCUUAUAAAAAGGAUAGCUGAGAAACAAGAUGAAAAUAUUUAUUUAAUUUUUCUUGGCAAUAGCUAAAUCAGGCAGUUUGCCAUUUUAGUGGACUUGGAGGAGGCAUGUUUUAUGUAUUGCCAGAAGUGUUGUCUAGAUUUGUUUGAUAAAUGUUACAUUGCAUCCUGUAAUGGUCAAGGCCAGAAAAAUGUUUGUUCUCACUUAUGUAAUGUAACAGACCACCUGCUGGUUGCCAUAGUUCAGAUUCUAGAAACUCAUUUGGGAACUCUAGAGACCAAGAUAUUCUUCUUUUAUCAAUGUGCUGCUUUGAGUUUGUUUCUUCAAAGCAGGGACGCCAGCCAUAGCUGAUACUCAUGAUACUAACACAGUGGUUCUGGCAAUCAAAAACAUGUGUCCUUUAUCAGAGUGGUCAGCUGGUUCCUGCCCACUCUAUCUUUUUAGCCAUGCUUCUUACCUCCGUCUCUCAGAAGUCAUAUGGGUUUUGGUCUUAAAGACAGAGUCUUGGACUUUAUUUAUGCACUGAGUUGCACUUUUUUCUGAGCUAUGUUUAUGAUAAUGUUUAUUUAUAUUGCUCCUUUUUGCACUUCAUUCUAUUGUGUAUAAUUUAAAGUACCAUUAGUGCUUUUCUAGCCACUGUAGAACCAGUUUGCUUUCAUGUAUUUAAUGCUUGUUUGUUGACUGUGCAGAAAUGUGUAUAACUGUUUAGCACUUGGCUGUUACCUGCACUGAAUGCAUCUGUGACUCUUUUUAUUGAUUAAGCACUGUGAUAUGAUACAUUCUGAAGGCUGUUAUGCUGUUCAGCAGUCUUGAAUCUUAGAUUAUAAUGCAUCAAUGAUGGCAUAUAUGUAUAUUUGAUGCAGCUUAUGAUGCAAUAACAUUGCACACAACAUCUGCAUCAUCUGUUUUAUUGGCUGUGGCAGGGAAGGUAGUAGAGACUCAGUCAUAGUGAUAUGUUCAAAUGCUGAUGUUGGAUGUUAUUUCUAUCAUGCAGAUUUCCUGGCAGUGUAGUUAUGCUUUUGCAGUUUUGUCUGUGAUUAUAUUAACUGGGAUUCUGCUCUGAUUGACAAUCUCAGUACCCUGGACAUAUGACUGGCAGUUCAGGCAGUCAAAUGUGGGCUGGCAUGAGAAAAUUGAACAGAAAUCAAGAAUCUGUUAUGGUAGGUAACCUCACACAAAUGUUCUUUCAGCGAGCCAGCAUGCACAUAUAUGUACAGUUUUAAAAUGACUAAUACUUUAAGCCCUUUGUGAUGGAAAAUAUGCAAUGAAUUUUGCAUUUAUUGUUAUUUUUUUUCCUUUGCAAAACUAUUGAUCAAGUCUUGAUAUGUUGUUUUGUAUUUGUAUUGCAUAAUCCUUACUGACAACAUACAGAAGGCUUUUGUUUGCAAACAAGUAUAGGGGAACAACUUUAUUGAAAGGCAGUUGUCACUGAAGGAUAUUAUAUGUUAGACAAAAGAGAAGAAUUGAAGGGAACUUGUAGAAAAGAUCCUGAAUAAAACAGGCUAAUGUCAUACCUUAAAGAUACCGAGGGCUACUGAGACAAUGCAUUACAGAUGCCACCUAUAUACUGUGAAGUAGCCAGAUCCAACAGAGUACAACUGCAUAGACAGCAAAGACACACAAAUGGCACAAUUUCUUGUUACAGCUGUUGGGAAUAGAACAUUACAAAACAGGUAACAGCUUAGUGGAUUGCUGUCUAUAGCCUUCUUGUCAUAUCUGCACUUUUUCUUCUGUUCCUUUCCGUUACCUACUACCCCCUUCAGGAAGACAGUAGAUUGUGUGACUUUUUCAAGUAGUAGGGGGUACUGUAUAGAAAUAGAACUUGUAGUGGUACUUACCACUUUGUGGAGUGGACUGCUGCAUGAGUUUUUAGUGUGAUGUUUAGAGUAGGAAAAAGGUAAAUUAUCUCUACACUGGCAAUUUAUUAGCUAUAUAUUUCUAUCAUGCACCCCAGAAAGUGCAGUCUUUUGUUGGAAGAGUGAAGUGCUUGCCAAAAAGCCCUGUACAUCUGCAGAAAAGUCAAAUAGGAAAACAUAAUAAUAAAGAAAAAGAGCAUAUUAACUGGCUAGAUGUCAUAUUUUGUAUUUUAGAUUUAUUCAUAUUAGAUGUAAUAAAAUAUGGGUAAAUUGCAGGAUAAAUUGCAGAAUAAAUGUUUGAACGUUUAUAUAAGUUCAUAGGUAAGUAUUAGGCUAGCUGUUCUUGCAGGCCAUUUUAAGCCUAGCCAGUUUCCAUUCAAAGGUGAGAAUCAAGCCAUGUACCUUGUGUCGGUGAGAAAAGCACCUUAAUCAUUAUGCCUAACCUUCCCUCAGAAGUACAAUGCUGGUUUUGUUACAAGCCAAUGCAGUACAUGACGUGCUUCUAGUCUGAGUAAAAUCCAUUUUAUAACAGCAUUUGAUAUAGUUAAAGGACUUUAUGCUGUAUUCAUCUUUCUGAUGCUUUUAAUGUUACUUCAGUCCCUGAAAUAGAUAUGUACUUCUCAGAGACUGGUGGAAGGGCUGCACUUGUAGUUCAAACUAUAAUGCAGGAGGAAAGUUGGUAUAAUGUUUAAUCAUUCUUAGAACCUAGUAAGGUGGCACCUAUGUGGGAAAGAAGAGAUUAGAUACUCAACUGGGAAAUUCAGUUUGUGAUUAGUUUUGCAGCCUUUUGCUAAAGAUGUGGUAACAAGGUGUUUGGCAUGAGGUGCUUCUUAGAACUCUAACAUUUAAACAUUGUAGUGAUGUGUUUUUAAGUUUACUUAAUGCAGACUGGUUUAGCUAGAACACCACAAGGCAGGCCUAUAUUCCAAUGUGUGCUUUAUAGUCUAAGGUUACAGGCUCUGUUUUAAUGGGAUACAAUAACUAGAAGCAAUAUUCAAUUUGGUAAUUGCAGAACAGGCACAGUAUUACCAUUAUCUAGUAAAUGAAUUUACUUGUUUAAGCUGCAUAGUAUUUUUGAAGAUAAAUGGGUUAGGGCCUGUUGUUAACAUUCAUGAAAGUAAUGUUACUUCAGCAGUAUUGCUUAACGGAUGAUGUAGUCUACUUUUAAAUAGGAAGGUUUGGUUAGCUGCCCAUUCCUGACCUUCUCAAACCGCACCUGCAAACAGAUACAGAUUAAUGGCACAAUAUUUCUGGUGUCUGCCUUCAGCGUUCUGUAUAUUUUAUAAACUAGAAAAAGGUUAUUACUUGCUUUACAUUUAUUAUGGCUUUAUUUUUUAUUUAGUUACCCUUUUAAUAUAUAAAAACAUUAUAUUAAUGUCUGCAUUCCUUGUCCCCCUAGUACUAACUAAUUCUUUUCACCAUUUAAAUCAGGAAAAGGAUCCCGGGUUCUAGAAUGUGAUGGUCUGCUCUCCCCACUCACUUUGGUGAUCCUGUGUGGAUGUUUUGUGGAAUCUUUUAUAUUCUCAUUAUUCUGUCAAACUGUGAUCAUUAGUGGAAUUCCACAUAUCAUAAGCUGAAUGUAAAAAGGUUGCUCACUGAGAAUGAAUAAAUAAAUAAUCUUUUUUCAUAAAUAAUAAUAAAUAUAUGUAUCUAUUUAUGCAUUUUCAAGAAAGUGGCUUUUUGCAUUAUGUUUGUCAACUUCCGCCUUCUUUUAUACAUUCUGAGCAUCUAGCAUUUCAUUCAUAUGUAUGGCGGGUAAUGAACGUCAGUAAACCUGGCAUGCUUAAAUUAAGACCAAGGAUAAAUCCACGGACACAGCAGAUUAUAACUGGGUUUAGGAAGAAUCUGUGGCAAAAUAUUAAACCUGUUUUGCCAAACAAUAAAUAGCAAAUCUACAAAUGUUGAAAUAGUUCAAGCUCAUUACCACAAUCAACAGAACAAGC